GCUGGCCGCCGCCGCCGCGCUGCACCUGCUCGGGAUGCCGCUGCCGGGGGCGGCGGAGGCGGCGGUAGUCGAAGGGCCGGGGGAGCCGGGCCAGCCCCCCCAGGGCUUGGCGUUAUUCCGCUGGCAGUGGCACGAGGUGGAGGCGCCCUACCUGGUGGCCGUGUGGAUCCUGGUGGCCAGCCUGGCCAAAAUCGUCUUCCACCUGUCUUGGAAGGUGACCUCAGUGGUGCCUGAAAGCUGCCUACUGAUCAUGCUGGGACUGGCACUGGGGGGCAUCGUCCUGGCUGUGGCCAAGAAGGCUGAGUACCAGCUGGAGCCGGGUACUUUCUUCCUCUUUCUGCUGCCCCCAAUUGUGCUCGACUCUGGCUACUUUAUGCCCAGCCGCCUCUUCUUUGACAAUCUGGGCGCCAUCCUCACCUACGCCGUGAUAGGCACACUUUGGAACUCUUUUGCCACAGGUGCUGCUCUCUGGGGCCUUCAGCAAACAGGACUUAUGGCCCUCAACGUGCAGGCUGGCCUGCUGGACUUCCUACUGUUUGGAAGCCUGAUCUCGGCAGUGGAUCCGGUGGCCGUCCUGGCCGUAUUUGAGGAGGUUCAUGUCAACGAGACGCUCUUCAUCAUCGUCUUUGGCGAAUCACUCCUCAACGACGCAGUCACCGUGGUCCUGUACAAGGUGUACAACUCCUUCGUGGAAAUGGGCUCAACCAACGUCCAGGCUAUGGACUAUGUGAAGGGUGUCGCCUCCCUGUUCGUGGUCAGUCUGGGCGGGGUGGCUGUGGGCUUAGUCUUUGCCUUCCUCCUGGCACUGACCACACGUUUCACCAAGCGGGUCCGCAUCAUCGAGCCACUGCUGGUCUUCCUGCUCGCCUAUGCUGCCUACCUCACCGCUGAGAUGGCCUCACUCUCUGCCAUCCUCGCGGUGACGGCAUGUGGGGUGGGCUGCAAGAAGUAUGUGGAGGCCAACAUCUCCCACAAGUCUCGCACAACUGUCAAGUACACCAUGAAGACCCUGGCCAGCUGUGCUGAGACAGUUAUCUUCAUGCUGCUCGGCAUCUCGGCUGUCGACUCCUCCAAGUGGGCCUGGGAUUCGGGACUAGUGCUUGGCACUCUGAUCUUCAUUCUGCUCUUCCGUGCCCUCGGAGUGGUCCUGCAGACGUGGGUGCUGAACCAGUUCCGGCUGAUCCCCCUGGACAAGAUUGACCAGGUGGUGAUGUCCUAUGGGGGCCUGCGGGGGGCUGUGGCCUUCGCUCUCGUCAUUCUGUUGGACAGAACCAAGGUCCCUGCCAAGGACUACUUUGUGGCCACCACCAUCGUGGUGGUCUUCUUCACGGUCAUCGUGCAGGCCUUUGACCAUAUUCUGGCAGCAGUGGAGGAUGUUGUUGGGCAUCAUGGCUACCAUUAUUGGAGAGACAGAUGGGAACACUUUGACAAGAAGUAUUUGAGUCAGCUGUUGAUGCGCCGGUCAGCCUACCGCAUCCGAGACCAGAUCUGGGACGUCUAUUACAAAUUAAACAUCCGGGACGCCAUCAGCUUCGUGGACCAGGGCGGCCAUGUCCUAUCCUCAGCGGGCCUCACUCUGCCUUCUAUGCCCAGCCGCAGCUCUAUGGCGGAAACCUCUGUCACCAACUUGCUGAGGGAGAGUGGCAGUGGAGCCUGCCUGGACCUGCAGGUGAUUGACACUGUGCGGAGUGGCCGGGACCGGGAAGAUGCCAUCAUGCACCAUGUGCUCUGUGGAGGCCUCUACAAGCCCCGUCGCAGGUAUAAGGCCAGCUGCAGUCGCCAUUUCAUGUCAGAAGAUGCACAGGAGCGCCAGGACAAGGAGGUAUUCCAGCAGAACAUGAAGCGGAGGCUUGAGUCCUUCAAGUCCACCAAACACAACGUCUGCUUCUCAAAGAGCAAACUGCGGCUCCGCAAGGCUGGGCGGAAGAAGAAGGAGAGCUCAGAGGACACAGAGACUCCCAAUGGGAAACCCCAGAGGAAUGUGAACUGGAAGGACACUGAUGCUGUGAUUGUAACAGUGGAGUCUGACGAGGAAGAGGAAAGUGACAGCUCCGGGACAGAGAAGGAGGAUGAUGAAGGCAUCGUCUUUGUGGCCCGAGCAACCAGUGAAGUUCUUCAGGGACGCAAAGUCACAGGGAGCCUAGAGGUGUGCCCUAGCCCACGCAUCAUUCCACCAUCCCCAACUUGUGCCGAGAAGGAGUUACCCUGGAAGAGUGGACAAGGCGACCUGGCAGUGUACGUGUCCUCGGAGACCACGAAGAUUGUGCCCGUGGACAUGCAGAUGGGUUGGAGCCAGAGCAUCUCCUCCCUGGAGAGCAUUGCUUCCCCACCUUGUGCCCAGGCUGCUUUGCUGACCCGGCCACCCGCCUGGGCACCCAGAGAAGAGCCCUCGCGUGAUCCCUUGGCCCCACCACCUGACCCUCGGGCUGGCUUUGCCUUCCCCCCAAGCUUAGGCAAGGCCGGGCGCUCUCGCAGCGAGAGCAGCGCUGAUGGGCCCGAGCAGCAGGAGCUACAGCCGCUCAUGGCACCUGAGGACCAAGCCCACCUCAGCACAGGAACUGCCAGCCCACGUUGGAUUAUUCAGUUCAACAGAGCUGGCCGGCUGUAGCCUGGGAGGU